UGCUCAGGCGGUGGGUUUGGCAGGUGGGUUUGGCAGAUCAAGUACGAGGAGAAGAAGGAGCCAUGGCCUCUGCUUCUUACAAAGAAGAUUUGACUUGCUCUAUUUGUCUGACGAUCUUCUCGGAUCCUGUAAUCCUGCCGUGUGGCCACUCUUUCUGCAGAGAAUGUAUUUCCCUUUCUCUGAAAUCACAGCGCCAGUGUCCACAGUGUCGGGCAGACGUUCCAGAAGACGAGCAAUGUCUUCUCACCAAUCACACUUUGAAAAGUCUUGCUGAAAAAGAAGUGGAGAAACUGAGGAGAGGGCAUGGAGAUGACAAGGAAAUUGACGACUGGUUGUGCCCUGAACACGAAGAAAGGCUGAAGCUGUUCUGCGUCACAGAUCAGCAGUUAGCUUGUAUUAUAUGUCGAGAUGGGGAGAAGCACGAAGGGCACAAGUUUAAACCAAUCAAAGAAGCAGCUGCACUUGUGAGGAACAAGUUGGAGGCGUUUGUGCAAUGCAUUGCUGAUGAUAUCGAUGCUACAGAGAGGCUGGUCAACACAAAGAUGGAAGAGAUAACAAAAACCAAAGACAAGGUUCAGCAGCUGACGACUCAGAUCUGCAGACAGUUUGAGGAGAUGCACCAGUUUCUUAGAAAGAGAGAAGACGAGAUCACGAAUGACCUGAAACACAAAGAGGACGAUGCUGUCGAGAAAAUGAGCGAGACAUUAAAUGCCAUGGAAACUGCUCUGUCAGAGAGCAGAGAGCUGCAGGCAAAGGUGGCGACUGUUCUAGAAACCACAGACUCUGACAAGUUCUUAAAGAGCUGGACUGAGAAUAACAGCAUGGUGACUUCUGAACAUUCAUUCAAGCCCAAAGCCAAUGAGUUUAAAGUGGAGAACACGUCUCUCUCUCUGGGGCCUUAUGACAGUCACCUGCAGUUCUUUAUGUGGAAGGAGAUGCUUCAGGUCAUCAAGCCCCAAGCAGAGCUGCUGUCACUCAAAAGUGUUAGCAGUAACAUAACAGUGUCUGAAGAUGGGAGGAAUUUGAUGUAUAGGCCCGUAUUCACUCCAAAUUGCAAACAAAGGAGUUUUCCUUAUGAUAGCUAUGGUCGUAAUACCAGUUACAUUCAAUAUGACCAUAGUUGCGUGGAGCAAACCUCAGUCCAGUGUGUUUCUGCGUUCAGCUCCAAUGAGUUCACCUCAGGGCAGCACUACUGGGAAAUGGAGGUUGGAGAAAGGGACUAUUGGAAAGUAGGGGUAGAAAAUCAUUAUCUUAGCUAUGAUCAGCAAGAAUAUGUCACUUCUAUUCAAGACACAGUGUUAGCAUUGGCAGGAAGACCACAAAAGAUUGGUGUUUACCUAGACUGCCUAUCGCAGGAGCUGUCCUUCUAUGACGCAGAAAACAUGACUCAUAUUCACACUAUGAGACACUGUAUGUCAGUGCCAGUGAAAGCAUAUUUUGAAUACAGAUUUAGUGAGGCAGCAAAUCAUAACCCCCCAAGAGUGUGCUGGUACUGAAUUCUGGGAAAAUGGGGCAACUGGAAAUUACAGACAUGACUUCCAAGAUGGUGCCUUGGUUCUAAUUCCUCGUCCUUUCACUGUUUGUGUUUAUUUCUUCCAUAAUCGUCCUGGGUUCUGUACUACGAAGGAGGAGUUAUGGUUAUCAAGGUAACUUCAGGUUUAAUGCCAGGUUUUUUAGUCCUACGAAAAUGGUUCAGAUCUCACCAUGGUAAUGCUGAACCACUUACCUACUCUGGAACAGAUUAAGUUUCGACCAAUCAGAUCACUGGAAAAUUUGAGUCUUCAUUCUAAAGUCUACCAUACUCCUAGUUAUUGUAGUUUGUUUAGAAUGUCUUGGGCAGAAUAUACCAUUAGCAUAUGGCUGUGUACAAUAACAGAGUCUUUGUUGAUCCAGAUCUUAUGUGUGACUCAAAAUAAUAGGAAUGAGGAACUAUAACCUAUACCAUACUUUGUAAUCUACACAGGAUUUUAAUGAAAAAACUGCAACAGAAUUCCUGACAGUGCUGAUGUUUUUAUUGGCUUAUCUUGUCACUGCAGCUCGGAAUAACAUAAGGAACCCGUGUGAAAUACUGAAAUAAAAACCCUCUGAUGACUUUUAUCAUUAAAACCCUCACUCAAUUACUAACUUCAUGUGCUUAUUUACAUUAUAUCAUUGGGCUGACUUUGAAUAUGUGUUAAGUGUUUAUUUUCUAUUCUAAUAAUUUGAUCAUAUAUUUAUAUUUCACUUUGGAGAAUGCCGCAUGUCAAUAAACCAAUAUUAACUGCUAUUAAAUUUUGCUUCUUUUUAAUUCAUUUUUGUCCAGCACAUACAUAUUUUAUGAUACCAUACUCCUAGUUAUUGUAGGUUGUUUAGAAUGUAUUGGGCAGAAUAUACCAUUAGCAUAUGGCUGUGUACAAUAACAGACUCUUUGUUGAUCCAGAUCUUAUGUGUGACUCAAAAUAAUACGAAUGAUGAACUAUAACCUAUACCGUACUUUGUAAUCUACGCAGGAUUUUUAUGAAAAAACGACAACUUGUACAAUGCUGAACGUGACCCCCUGGAGUCAAACCUGUGGUCAUUGUGUAUUAUUCCUUCACUGGGAAGUUUGUGCUUCACUGUGCAGAAAGUUGCUCAAACACUGUUUGAGUUUCACACUAUUUGGCAUGUGCUCACCGUAAUACUGACUUGAAGUUGUGGAUGAUCCAUCUGGAUUUUGUGAUGGAUUUUGUGCAACUGCUUUGAUAAUAGAAAAAGGCAAAAUUACGCAUUAAAAAUAAAUAAAUAAUAAAGUCUAUUGGGGAAAAUGUAAAUCUUUUAUUCAUGUCUGUGGCAUAUACUCUAACUGUUUUAUGAAUGGGGAAGGAAACUAGAGACAACGUAGACAUGAGAAGGACACGAGCUAUCCCGUGGAUGAGACGACAGGAUUGACUUACACUGCUGUAUAUUCACUGUAUGUCUGUACCUCCUAAGUAUGCAUAGAAAAACAUGUUUGCUUUGCAUUGAAUUACUGGAAAUGGAAAAUAAAGCCUUUUGAAAAACCUA